UAUAUACAAUAAAAAAAGACCCCAUAGUCAUGACAGUGUUGAGAAUAGAUUAAUUAAUAUCAACUAAUUCAUACUCUAUUUAUUAAUACCGUCCUCUCUUUCUCUGUCUCAAUUUUUUUCUUUUAAAAUUAAAAAAAAAAAAUGUUACAUAUUCAGAGGAACAGCUCUGAUUCAUCUAGAUUCCCCAUUGACAAUCUUAAACUUGGUACUCAUCAAAAUUAAGGCAAACAAAAAACAACUCUUCCAAAUCCCAUGAGUUAAUGAAACAGAACAUAAGAAAUGAGAUAUGUGAACUUAAGAGUUAGAGCCAUGAUGAAGUUUUUGUUACUCUUCUUUUUUGUAAUCAAAUCAUGUUUUGGUGGUAGACAACAUGUUGACAAAAUCUACCCAGGUUUCCAAACAUCUCAGAUGGAUUGGAACGACAACCACGGCUUAUUCCUCGUAUCAAACAACUCUGUCUUUGGAUUGGGAUUCUUUCCUGUCCCUGAUGCCAAAUCCUUCUUCCUUGCAAUUAUUCACAAGGACAGUUCAAAGCCUGUUUGGAUUGCUAAUAGAGAUCUACCAAUAUCAAACUUUGAUAAGUUUGACUUUGACAUAAAUGGUAACCUCAUUUUAACAAGUGGGAACGGUGUCGUUUGGUCAACAAACACAACGGGAAAAGAAGCCAUAGCCAUGGAAUUGAGGGACUCUGGUAAUUUGGUGGUGAUUGGUGGGGAUGGAGACCAUGGAGGAGGAGUCAUUUGGCAGAGUUUUAGUCAUCCCACAAAUACCCUUUUGCCUGGCCAAGAAUUCUUACCAGGAAUGACUCUCAAAAGCUCUCUUAAUCACAACAAUUUGUCUCACUUUCUUGAAAUCAAAUCAGGGACUUUGGCUCUCUAUGCAGGGUUUUCUCCAACACCACAAAUUUAUUGGUCUGUACAAAGUGAAACAAGGAAAACAAAUAGAAGUGUUACUGGUGUGGUUCAUUCUGCAACUCUUGUCUCCAAUUCAUGGAACUUUUAUGAUCCAAAUGGAAACUUACUAUGGCAAUUUAUUUUCUCAAACCAAUCUGACAAAACUGCUUUUUGGGUUGCUGUUUUAACCUCUGAUGGGAUCAUUUCAUUCAAAAAUCUUCAAAAGGGAAAAACCUCAACUUUUGAGGCUACUAAAAUACCAGAAGGAUGGUGCAGUGUUCCACAGCCUUGUGAUCCUUACUAUGUGUGCCAUGUUGAUAACUGGUGUGAGUGUCCUUCUCUUCUCAGCUCUCGGUUUAAUUGUAAACUUCAGAAUCUCCCAAGCUGUAAUCUUUCCAAUGAUUCAGUGGAGCUUAUAUAUGUGGGAGAUAAUGUUGACUAUUUUGCUAUUGACUUUGUCACACCCUCUUUGAAAACUGAUCUCAAUUCAUGUAAACAAGCUUGUCUCAAAGAUUGUUCUUGCCUUGUAUUGUUUCAUGAAAGUAGUUCAGGAAACUGUUUUCUCUUAGACCAGAUUGGAAGUUUCCAACAUUCUGGUGAGAAGAGUCAUGGCUAUAUUUCCUAUGUUAAGUCUUUGAGUAACAGAGAAGAAAACGAGGAAAGAGAGGAAGACCACAUACUAAUAGUUGUUGUCAUUAUAAUUUCGACCAUGUUUGUUAUUUUUUCUAUGGUUUAUGCUGGAUUCUUGUACAUCAGGAGAAAGAAGAGACUAAAAAAUGAUUGUGCUCAAGAAGGCUCAGAUGAUGAUGAUUUCUUUGACAAUCUUUCGGGUAUGCCUGUUCGGUUUACUUAUUCUGAUCUUUGUUUGGCAACUGAGAAUUUCACUAGAAAAGUUGGCCAAGGAGGGUUUGGUUCAGUCUACUUAGGUGUUCUUCCAGAUGGGACACAAUUGGCUGUGAAGAAACUUGAGGUGAUUGAUCAUUGGAAGAAAGAGUUUAAAGCUGAAGUUAGCAUCAUUGGUAGUAUUCACCAUGUUCAUUUGGUCAAAGUCAAAGGCUUCUGCACUGAAGGGUUUCACAGGCUUCUUGUUUAUGAGUACAUGGCAAAAGGGUCUUUGGAUAAAUGGAUUUUCAACAACAACAACAAUCAAGUAUUGGAUUGGAAUACAAGAUUCAACAUUGCAUUGGGGACAGCAAAGGGUCUUGCUUAUCUUCAUGAAGAGUGUGAAGUGAAGAUUAUUCAUUGUGAUAUAAAACCAGAAAAUGUUCUGCUUGAUGAUAAUUUUGUAGCUAAAGUUUCAGACUUUGGUUUGGCAAAGCUGAUGAACAGAGAACAGAGCCUUGUUAUUACAACAAUGAGAGGAACAAGAGGGUACCUGGCUCCGGAAUGGCUCACUAACUAUGCCAUAACAGAAAAAAGUGAUGUCUACAGUUAUGGAAUGGUAUUGCUUGAGAUCAUUAGUGGGAGAAAGAAUCAUGAUUCAGAGGAUGAUAAUUCAGAGAAAUCCCAUUUCCCUUCUUAUGCAUUUAAGAUGUUUGAGGAAGAAAAACUUGAAGAAAUCAUUGAUUCAAGGCUAGAAAUAGAUGAAAAUGAUCAAAGAGUGAAUAAUGUUAUUAAAACAGCAUUGUGGUGUAUUCAAGAUGAGAUGCAUAUAAGGCCAACUAUGACAAAAGUGGUUCAAAUGCUUGAAGGUCUUUCUGAGGUGCCUCCACCACCAUUUUCCAAACCCCAAAGACUAGUUCAUUAUGACUGAUUUUGAGUUUUAUAGAGAUGUACAUAACAACACUUGUAAUCUCUUAAGGAAUGAGAUUUUCCAAACUUGCUCAAUUUUUGAAUUUCAUUUUAUAUUUAUUCUUUGCCUAA